GAACCUUUUAUUUCGUACUCGACAAGUCGCCCAACGCCUCCGACAGACAAUCUUCUUCGGCAAAACCAGCAUUCAAAAUGGGUCGUCUUCACUCCAAGGGAAAGGGUAUCGCCGCUUCGGCCAUUCCUUACUCCAGAACUCCCCCAGCAUGGCUCAAGACCACCCCUGAUCAGGUCACUGACCAGAUCUGCAAGCUCGCCAAGAAGGGUGCUACUCCCAGUCAGAUCGGUGUUGUCCUCCGUGACAGCCACGGUAUUGCCCAGGUCAAGAACGUCACUGGUAACAAGAUCCUUCGUAUCUUGAAGUCCAACGGCCUCGCCCCUGAAAUUCCUGAGGAUCUCUACUUCCUCAUCAAGAAGGCUGUCUCUGUCCGUAAGCACCUUGAGCGCAACCGCAAGGACAAGGAUGGAAAGUUCCGCCUCAUUUUGAUCGAGUCCCGUAUCCACCGUCUUUCUCGCUACUACAAGACCGUCGGUGUCCUCCCUCCCACCUGGAGAUACGAGAGCGCCACUGCCAGCACCUUGGUUGCUUAAAUGAACAGAAUACAACAGUGUCUUCGUUGUGUUGUACGAAACGCAUUCAUGAUUACGCCCGGAACCAGGCUGCCCUCGAAAGCAUGAUAUCGUUUACAACAAUUUCAGGAGAUUGGCAAUCUGUAACUGGGUACUACGAUUUCUCGAAUCCUGAAAGCUAUGAAGCUCACGAUUACUAUGUAGCCAGUCAAUACAUCUCUGGUUCGGAGAAUCCAAAAAAAAGUUCUACUGGUCUUUUCUUUAUUACGUCUCAUUUUUGUUUACUCAUUUUGUAGAUACCUGUAGCAUGUGAUUAUUAACGGCGUCUCAUCAAUCAUAUCCAUCGAUGAUGAUCCUG